AUGGCGCCUGCCCAGACGGUGCACCACCACCGCUCCACCACCAAGGUUUCCCACAAGCCUUACAAGAGCAAGCAUGCUUCCAAGAGUGCCUUGAAAGAUCAGGCCAAAGGCAAAAUCGAAGGUGACGAGCGGGGCGGUCGUAAAACACCCCACCAACAGCUCAAGACGAAGCUCGAUCGCCGAAACACCGCCCGUCAGCGACAGGCAUUGAAGCACCAGGAAAGAUCUCAAGCCACCAGCAUCUUUGCCGGCCAGAACGGCGCCCCUCGCCAUGUCGCAAUCCUGCCUCUAUCCGCCGAUGUCGAUGCCGCUGCCGCCAUCGCCUCGAUCAACGAAAGUGUUGAUAUUCUGACUGAUGUCUCACCCGAUGGACCUACCCGUGUGCGCAUUGAUCGAUUCCGCCAGAGCGUACAGUACGUCCCCGCCAAGUAUGAUAUGAUCAGCGCUCUGGAUGUGUGCCGUAUGGCCGACUUUGUUAUCUUGGUUAUGUCGUGCGAGGUUGAGGUUGAUGAGCAGGGAGAGAUGUUGUUGCGCUCUAUCCAAAGCCAAGGUAUCUCAAACGUGUUGGCCGUCGUGCAGGGUCUCGACAAGAUCAGCCCUCCCAAGAAGCGCCCCCAGGUCGCCGGUUCUUUGAAGUCCUUCAUCAACCACUUCUUCCCCAACAUUGAGAAAGUCAUGUCUCUCGACUCGCGACAGGAGUCUUCCAACGCUAUCCGAUCUAUCUGCACCGCCACUCCCAAGGGUAUCCGCUGGCGCGACGACCGCAGCUGGAUGUUCGUCGAGGACGUCAAGUUCCCCGAAUCUAGCUUGGAGGUGGUUGACGACGUUGUCAUCACUGGAGUUGUUCGUGGAAAGGGUCUGAAGGCAGACCGCAUUGUUCACCUUCCAGGAUGGGGUGACUUCCAGAUUGACUCGAUCACAGCCGCCCCGCUGGCAACAAAGGCCAAGCGUGACGAUGCUAUGAACGUUGACACCAACGAAACCACACAGACCUUGGAUACCCCGACCGAGGACCAGGAUGAUAUGGCCGUUGUUGCACCCGAGGAGAUCGAGAUGGUGGAUGACGACAUGGUAUCCAUGGCCGAGACGGAAAAGAAGGGUGUUCUUCUGGACGACUACCACUACUUCUCUGAUGAUGAUUCGCACAUUCCCCCAGUACCCAAGAAGCUUCCCAAGGGUACCUCAAAUUACCAGUCUGCUUGGUACCUUGAGGAUGUUUCCGACUCUGGAUCCGACAUGGAUGACGAUGAUGAGCCCAUGGAGAUGGAUACCGCCGGCGCACCCGAGGAUGGUGUAUUCCCCGACCACCAGGACGCCAUGACUGAAGGUGGCCCCUCAGAAUACCCGCAAUCUGAGAUGUUCCUUGACCCAUCGCCCGAGGAUGAGGCCCAGGAACUGGCCGACUACCGUGCCAGCCGUAAGACCGAGGCCGAAGAGGACUUGGAGUUCCCCGAUGAGAUCGAAUUGCACCCCAAUGUUCUGGCCAGAGAGCGUCUGGCCCGUUACCGUGGACUGAAGAACCUCAAGCUCAGCAACUGGGAGACUUCCGAAGACCGACCCUACGAGCCCGAGGACUGGCGCCGCCUGUUGCAGUUCGCCGACCACAGAGGUUCCAAGAACCGCAUUAUCAGAGAGGCUCUGGUUGGUGGUGUCAACCCUGGUACCCGCGUGGAUAUCCACCUCCGCGCUGUGCCCUCUAUCCUGCGCAAUGGACCCAAGCCCCUUGCUCUCUUCUCUCUCCUCCGCCACGAGCACAAGCACACUGUUGUCAACGUCAGCAUGACUCUGAACUCCAGCGUUGAGAAGCCACUCAAGGCCAAGGAGCAACUCAUCGUCCAGUGCGGUGCCCGUCGCAUGGUCGUCAACCCCGUCUUCUCCUCUGCGGACAACACACCCAACAACGUGCACAAGUACGACCGAUACCUCCACCCCGGUCGUAGCGCCAUUGCAUCAUGGAUUGGACCCAUGACCUGGGGUUCCGUGCCCAUCCUCGUCUUCAAGAGCAAGCAAGCCGAGAAGGAGGAUGACGACGAUGAAGAGAUGGAAACCGAUGCCAAGGAAGAGCCCAUCUCUUUGAGCGAUCUUGAGCUCAUCGGUACCGGUACCGUCGUUGCACCCGAUCAGAAGCGCGUUGUUGCCAAGCGUGCUAUUCUCACUGGUCACCCCUACAAGAUUCACAAGAAGGUCGUUACCAUCCGUUACAUGUUCUUCAACGCCGAGGAUAUCCAAUGGUUCAAGGCACUCCAGUUGUGGACUCGCCGUGGCCGCAGUGGAUACUUCAAGGAGAGCUUGGGUACACAUGGUUACUUCAAGGCCACCUUCGACGCCAAGAUCAACCCACAAGACUCUGUGGGUGUCAGUUUGUACAAGCGUGUCUUCCCUCGCAAGGCUCGGGCCUUGGAGUCGAUUGCUGCUUGA